AUAAAGCCAACCCUUUCCUUUCCCUCUGGAUCCAAACCAAAAUUGGCCCGCCCCCGCCAGCUAUGGAAACAAAAAUAGAGCGCUUCUGGGUUUUUGCUCUCGCUUCAAAAUGCAGUGCUUUCUCCUCCACUAAUCUCCUCUCCUCUUUACUCCUCCUGGGUUUAGCUUGUUUAACAGUGGUUUUUCUUUACUGGGCUUACCCAGGUGGACCCGCCUGGGGAAGGUACUGGUGGAAGAAAGGAACCAGAGCCAAGCCAAUACCAGGGCCGAGAGGAUUCCCUGUGUUUGGAAGCAUGAAUCUUAUGACUGGCCUCGCGCACCGCCGGCAGGCAGCUGCGGCGGAGCAGUGCGGAGCCAGUCGGCUCAUGGCUUUCAGUCUCGGAGAGACUCGUGUCGUCGUCACUUGUAACCCCAAUAUAGCGAAAGAGAUCUUGAACAGCUCUGUCUUUGCUGAUCGUCCUGUGAAGGAGUCAGCUUACAGUCUGAUGUUCAAUCGAGCCAUCGGAUUCGCUCCUUACGGCGUUUACUGGAGAACGCUUCGAAAAAUCGCUGCCACCCAUCUUUUCUGCCCAAAACAAAUCAACGCGUCGGAAGAGCAGAGGUUCCGAAUCGCCAGUCAGAUGGUAUCAAUGUUUGCGGGUCGUAAGGAAGAAAUACGUGUUCGGGACAUUCUGAAACGCGCUUCGCUGAACAACAUGAUGUGCUCCGUAUUUGGACGCCUAUACGCGCUGGAAUCAUCGAGUGAAGAAACAGACCAACUAAGCAAACUUGUGGAAGAAGGGUACCAACUGUUGGGGAAGCUCAAUUGGUCCGACCACCUCCCUUGGCUGGCGGGAUUCGAUGUUCAAAGGAUCCGAUUCAGAUGCUCCAAACUUGUUCCCCAAGUGAACCGCUUCCUCAACCGGAUCCUCUCCGAGCACAGAGCUCAAACCAGAGACAGAAACAGGGAUUUCGUGGACGUUUUGCUCUCUCUUCAAGGAACCGAAAAGUUAUCAGACCCUGAUAUGGUCGCCGUUCUUUGGGAGAUGAUAUUUAGAGGAACAGAUACGGUAGCUGUGUUGAUGGAAUGGAUAUUGGCGAGGAUGGUUCUCCAUCCUGACAUUCAAUCGAAGGUCCACCAAGAGCUUGACGAAGUUGUCGGAAAAUCACGGCCUGUUAGGGAGUCAGACAUUGAAGCGAUGGUGUACUUGCCGGCGGUGGUGAAGGAGGUUCUCAGGCUACACCCCCCCGGCCCACUUCUGUCAUGGUCCCGGCUGGCGAUCACAGACACGACAGUUGAUGCUAAACACGUGCCCGCCGGAACAACAGCCAUGGUGAACAUGUGGGCUAUCACCCGGGACCCACAGGUGUGGUCAGAGCCGUCGAAGUUUAUGCCCGAGAGGUUCGUGUCUGGGGAAGCUGACGUGGAGUUCUCUAUAAUGGGAUCGGAUGUUAGACUCGCUCCAUUCGGGGCGGGUAGGAGGAGCUGCCCGGGUAAAACUUUGGGGUUGACCACUGCGACGUUCUGGGUGGCAUCAUUGUUGCACGAGUUGGAGUGGGUAGCAUCGGAUCAAAAUCCGAUUGAUCUGUCAGAGGUAUUGAGGUUGUCAUGCGAGAUGGCAAAACCUCUGACGGUUAAAGUGCGCCCCAGGCGUACUUAAGUUGAUCAUCUCAUCCAUCCUUGCCGAAGAUGUAAAUUAAAAUUUGUGCGUACGUUACGUAGUUUGUGUUUAACUGUUUAUUGUUUGCUGCUUCUCCUUUCCCUCUCCCCUGGUUAUUCUGCUUGUUCUGGUUUUAAGUCAUCAUGUCUCCAGUUUUUGAGAAGAUUCUUCAGUUUUUGCUACA